AUGAUUUGGAUCUGGACUUUGCUGGCUACGGCGGUGGCUGUUAGCGUGGAUGAGCUGGUCGGGACAUGGACGACCAAGUCCCGCAAUGUCCUCACAGGGCCGGGAUUCUACGAUCCGCUCAAUGAUCGACUCCUCGAGCCUAAUCUGACGGGUAUUUCCUACUCUUUCUCCGCCGACGGAUACUAUGAGGAGGCCUGGUACCGGGCCUUGGCCAAUCCCACCGACCCCUCAUGUCCGUCCGGGGUCAUGCAGUGGCAGCAUGGCUCGUAUGUCAUGCUGGCCAACGGAUCCCUCACCUUGACCCCGAUUGCCGUUGAUGGGCGCCAAUUGCUCUCCGAACCAUGCAGACAGGGUGUGAGCAGCUAUACACGAUUCAACAACACGGAGAAGUUCAAGGGAUUCUCGGUCUCAAUGGAUAGAUACCAUGGCAUUCAGCGCCUCGACUUGGCCCAAGCGGACGGCAAGAUUAUGCAACCGAUGUAUCUCGCCUACCGGCCUCCGAGGAUGCUCCCUACCUCGACGUUGAACCCAAUACCAAAUGGACCUCACAAGAAGCGCGACAUGUCUAGGACUAGCUUUCACCUGAGAAUCAAGGAGGAGCUAAUCAACCCGGACCAAUGGUGGUGGUUGGGUGUGCUGAUGACUUCGCUUGGAGGAGUGGCCCUUUUCUGCUCAUAA